AUGGCAUCGUCAGCUAGUAGACUUAACUUUCUAUCGCGGGGAGUGUGGUCAUUACUACUACAGACGUCAAGGUCACCUUCCCACAACGUCGAUUUCGCCAACGGCAAGACAUACACUUACUCUGAGCUCAAAGCAGCAAUACUUUGUGUGGCUAGUGCCCUCAACAGACUUGGUUACAAGAAAGGCGAUGUCAUGGCCAUGUAUUCUGUCAACAACUCAGAGUAUUGUAUCCUACUGCUAGCGUGUGUAGCAUCCGGGAUUAUCUUGACCACCGGCAACCCGACAUACACACCUGCGGAGCUUGCGCGACAUUUAAAUCACUCUGGGUCCGCAAGUUUGGUUGUCGUCGAUGUUCUAUUACCAGUCGCCAAGACGGCUUUGGACAGUGACCCUAACUUGAAGAAUGCUAUCAAGCACGUGAUAGUCAUUGGAGAAGCAGAUGGCUACCGCUCGUUUUCCUCGUUACUGGAGGAUGACGGGAAAUCUUUCCCCGACAAACUCAACAUCGAUCCUAUGAAUGACGUGGUUGUCAUACCCUACUCCAGCGGAACGACAGGGCUACCAAAGGGAGUGCAGCUCACCCAUUAUAACCUGGUUGCUAACCUUCAGCAGUUUAGGACGGUGAUGAGGGUGACCGAGGAGGAUACCAGCUUAGGGUUCCUUCCCUUUCACCAUUGCUACGGCAUGAUCCUGGUCAUGAUGGGCGUAUUUCAGGACGGAGGAAAACUAGUGACGCUCCCGAAAUUUGACCCGUCAAUGUUCCUUACGGCUUUGGCUGAACAGAAGGUAACAAUGGCACAUAUUGUUCCACCAAUCGUCGUGUUUAUGGCCAAACAUCCCGCUGUAUCCCAGCAUGACCUUUCUAAUCUAAAAAGGGCAGUGGUUGGAGGAGCCCCUCUAGGUGAAGCCAUCACUGAAGCCUUCACGAAGAGAUUAAAUGUCCCCAUCACACAAGGAUACGGACUGACAGAGACGUCUCCGGAGUUAGUGUCUGAUUCCCUUCCCCCGAGCCCAGGAACUACCGGCCGACUUUUGCCCAAUACAAUGGCCAAGGUCGUCAAUCCGGAGACGGGUGCCGAGCUCGGAACUGGAGAAUCCGGAGAGUUAGUAUUCAAGGGUCCACAGAUAAUGAAAGGCUAUCUAAACAACCAGCAGGCCACUGAUGAUAUGAUAAAGAAUGGAUGGCUGUAUUCAGGUGAUGUGGGACAUGUACAAGAGAACGGCUGUAUUGUUAUCACAGACAGACUGAAGGAACUGAUCAAGUACAAGGGUUUCCAGGUUCCCCCGGCAGAAUUGGAGGACUUGCUCCUCAAACUUCCGGGUAUCCAGGACGCGGCUGUGAUAGGUAUCCCGGAUGAGGCCGCUGGGGAGCUGCCUCGAGCUUACGUGGUGUCGAAACUAGACCAAACAUUAACUGAAGAGGAAGUCUGCAAGUUCGUUGAAGAAAACGUGUCUGGAUACAAGAAAUUACGGGGUGGAGUGCAGUUCUUGGAAGAAAUCCCGAAGUCGCCUUCUGGCAAAAUCCUCAGACGAGUUCUCAGGGACGAACUUAUCUCGAAUGUGUGAUUAAGUAUAUGGGAUACUUAAAUGUAUAUUGUUAAAACUCAUUUUUAUUCUAACUGUACAUACAUUUAUUUGUAAAUAAAAACACUUAUGACAGUGACAAAGCAACUUA